AUGUCACCUGGCCUCAUCAAUCACUGUCCAUCAUCUCUGUCAAUCUUAUUAUAUGGCACCAUUGAGGUUCAAUUUUUUUCGCCAAACUUUCCUGGAACUAUGCCUUCCGAAAUUCCACCAGUCGAAAACGGCGAUUACUUACCCGAGCCCGAAAUAAAACACUUGGAAGAUGCCGAAGGUUACAAAUGCAGACUAUUGCGCACAUGUAAAAUCGUUUUACGAGUACCAGAUGAUUUUUCUUUAGUUAGAAAAGUACCGAUAGAGAUUCAUUGUAAUCGGUCUGCUAGGAUUCAUCAGCCUACAAAGAAUGCACAACAACAAGGUACUCGUCAUUUGGGUCAUUGGGAAAUCGAUUUUGAUACGAAAGAACGUUGGGAGAACGCAACGAUGGGUUGGUGCUCGUCCGGAGAUCCGGUGUCCAACGUCAAAAUGCCGUUUUCGACGAAAGAGCAAGCGAUCGAUUAUUGUAAAAAGAACCAGAUCAGGUACUGGGUGCAAAACGAGAAACGCCACAAGAAAUUUAAAGUGAGAAGCUACGCGCUCAAUUUCCAUCAUAAUAGUAAAGCUCGAUUGUCCACGAAAUAAAUUCCGUACCUAUAUUUAUUUGCUUCAAUUAAUUUCGCCUGAGUGGGUUGCAAUAAUUGCUAAAUCUACUUUGUUUAAUUGAAGGUUUUAAUUCAC